AUGUCUGUAUUGCCAAAACUGAAUCUCUUGGUGGCAAAUUUUCUUGCCCCUUCAACGCGUAUAGCUCCAGUCCUUGUAUGCCGAUAUACACCAUUUAAUCCACCUGACCGGAAGUCCGAAACUAUUGAAAUCAAACGAAACCGGUUACUCUAUGAAAGCCGGAAGAGAGGAAAUCUAGAAAAUGGCAUUAUCCUAUCGUCAUUUGCCGAUAAGCAUCUUAGCAAAAUGGACGAAAAACAGCUAGAAGCCUACGACAAGUUAAUCAACGGGCCAGACUGUGAUUGGGAUAUCUUCUAUUGGACGACUGGUGAAAAAGAAGCCCCGGAGGAAUUUAAGAGUGACGUACUAGAAUUACUGAAGAAGCACGCCAAGAAUUAUGGUCGUGAACUGCGAAACCAACAACCAGCAAUUCGCCCCCCAAAUCAGUAA